AUGCUGUCUUCUCUUUGGUCUCUACUGGCUGUUACUGCCUUCACAGCAGCUGCGCCAGCUCGUCCGGUGCCUCGAGCCGUCUCAUCCGGUGUUUUAGAUCAGCUCACUUUGUUCGCCGAAUAUGCCGCCGCUUCAUACUGCUCGAACAAUAUCAACUCGACAGGCGACUUACUGACGUGCGCCGAGGGAAAUUGUCCAACGGUGCAGUCUUCGGGGGCAACAUCCCUCUACGAAUUCGAAGAGUCCACCGAAUGGGGUGAUGUAGCUGGGUUCCUCAGCGCCGACGACACAAACAAGCUCCUCGUGCUCUCUUUCCGAGGCAGCCGCAGCCUGAGCACCUGGAUCGCCAAUAUAGACUAUGGCUUGACCGAUGUCAGUAGCCUCUGCGAUGGCUGCGAGGCACACGGCGGAUUCUGGAAAUCCUGGAACGCCGUCGCAGACGAUCUCACCGCGCAGAUUGACUCCGCGAAGCAAACAUAUAGCGGAUACACGUUGGUUCUGACUGGGCACAGUUUUGGAGGAGCUGUUGCAGCACUAGGAGGAACAGCCUUGCGCAACGCAGGGUAUGAUCUGGAAAUUUACAACUUUGGCCAGCCUCGGGUGGGCAAUAAAGCUCUCGCGACGUAUAUGACCAAUCAGGGCAGUCUCUGGCGAGUUACGCAUACGAAUGAUAUAGUGCCUCGACUUCCUCCUACAUCAUUUGGAUUUAGCCAUGCUAGUCCCGAAUACUGGAUCACCAGUGGGAAUGAUGUGACGGUGACCACGUCGGAUGUGGUAGAGGUCAGUGGAAUUGACUCGACGGCGGGAAAUGCUGGAGAAGCUACUCCGGAGGUUGAGCCGCAUAAUUGGUAUAUUAGUCCCCGCCGCCGCAAUCGUAUCAAGGCCAUUUUCCUAACCAUCUUCAUCGUCUUCGCUCUAUACUUCAUCUUCUUCGCCGGCUCCGAAACUACCGCCAAAGCCAUCACUAGCGACAAAGCCCGUCCCAGCCAUGAUACCCAUUGGGACACCUCCUUCAAGUCCACGGACGAGCAGGCUCGUCCCGUCGUUCGCCGUCACAAGGAGAUGGUUGUCGCAAGCAUGAAAUCGGAUGAUACUUCUUGGCUGCCGGAGUAUUUUCCGGACUGGUCGCAAAGCAUCUACGUUGUGGACGACAAACGGGCGCCCUUGACAGUCACAAAGAACAAGGGCCGCGAAUCAAUGGUGUAUUUGACAUACAUCAUUGACCACUACGACAACCUCCCCGACGCAAUACUCUUCAUCCACUCCCAACGCUUCCAAUGGCACAACGACGAUCCAUAUUACGACGGCGUCGGCAUGCUCCGCAACUUCCAACUCCCGUACCUCCAAAAACAAGGCUACGUCAAUCUGCGUUGCGUCUGGACCCUAGGCUGCCCAGGCGAGAUCCACCCGUUGAGCGACACACACCGCGACGACGUGCACGCGGGAGAAUAUUUCACCAACGGGUUCAAGGAAUUGUUCCCCGGUGUACCGAUCCCCGAGCAAGUCGGAGCUUCAUGCUGCGCGCAGUUUGCCGUGUCACGCGAUAGGGUCCGCCAGCGUCCUCGGAGCGACUAUGCGCGCUUCCGCGACUGGCUCAUCAAGACUGAUCUGACGGAUGAUCUGAGUGGGCGGAUUAUGGAGUACUCCUGGCAUAUGAUCUUCGGAGAAAAGGCCGUCUUCUGCCCAUCUGCCAAGGAGUGUUAUUGUAAUGUCUUUGGACUAUGCGAUCUAGACUGUCCCGUCGACGGGACGUGUGAGGGUCGCUAUGUGCUCCCUCCUUUCUCCUCAUUACCCAAGGGCUGGCCGUAUAUUGGAUGGAAUGGCCAGGUCCAGAAUCCCAGCCAGGGAUUACCCGAAUCAUAG